GGGGAGGGGAGGAGAGGGGAGGGUCGAGCCUGAGGAUAGAUCUUAAGCGCCUGCUCAGCCCACCUCCGAGAUACCCCAGCCCCGGGUGAAAACGACUGUCCGGAAACCUGCAUUGUCGGCUGCGAGAGGCUCUUGGAUCUGGCUGGCGCCGGUGGCAUUGGUGCACCCAGGACCCCGGGUACUCCGAAGUAACAGCGCAGCGCCUAGCUCCCAAGAUGGCACUGCUCGAACAGCGUGCACUUUUCUGCCUCCUCUGCUGCCUCCCACUGGCGCGUUCUUUCCACUGGCAGGAUGACUUCAGGUCAGCAGCAUGGUUCCAUAAGAUACAAGCGGCGAUGUCUGCUGCCAGCUCAGGCCACAGUAAUAUCCCCAAAGGAAAUGGAUCCUACCCCGUCGGUUGUACAGACGUGAUGUUCGGUUAUGCUGCUGAGAGCGUCUUCUUGAGAUUGUAUUACCCAGCUCAAGAUCAAGAUCGCCUUGACACUGUUUGGAUCCCAAACAAAGAAUAUUUUUUCGGCCUUAGUAAAUUUCUUGGAACGCCCCGUUUUGUAGGCAACAUUUUGAGCCUGUUAUAUGGUUCAAGGACAACCCCUGCAAGCUGGAAUUCUCCUCUGAGGACUGGCGAAAAAUAUCCACUCAUUGUCUUUUCUCAUGGUCUUGGAGCGUUCAGAACAAUCUAUUCUGCUAUUGGCAUUGGCCUGGCAUCUUAUGGGUUCAUAGUUGCUACUGUAGAGCACAGAGACAAAUCUGCAUCAGCAACUUACUAUUUUGAGGACCAGGCGGCUGCAAAAAUGGAAAACAGGUCUUGGCUUUACCUUAGAACCGUAAACCAAGAGGAGGCGGAGAGAGUCCGGAAAGAGCAGGUGCGGCAAAGAGCAAAAGAAUGUUCCCAGGCUCUCAAUGCAAUGCUUGACAUUGAACAUGGAAGCCCAAAAGAGAAUGUACUAGGUACAGACUUUGAUUUGAAUCAGCUGAAGGGUGCUAUCGAUGUGGAUAAAAUAGCGGUGAUUGGACACUCUUUUGGAGGAGCAACAGUUAUUCACACCCUUAGUGAAGACCAGAGAUUCAAAUGCGGGGUUGCUCUCGAUCCAUGGAUGUAUCCAGUGAGUGAGGAGCUCUACUCCAAAAUCCCUCAGCCCCUCUUCUUCAUCAACUCUGCACAAUUCCAGACUCCGAAAGACAUCAUGAAAAUGAAAAGAUUCUACCAACCUGGCAAGGAAAGAAAAAUGAUUACAAUCAGGGGCUCAGUGCACCAGAAUUUUGCCGACUUUACUUUUGUGACUGGCAAAAUAAUUGGAAACAAGCUGACGUUGAAAGGAGAGAUCGAUUCCGGUGUAGCCAUCGACCUCACCAACAAAGCGUCUUUAGCUUUCCUCCAGAAACAUCUAGGACUUCAUAAAGACUUCAAUCAGUGGGACUCUCUGGUGGAAGGACAUGACAAGAAUCUGAUCCCUGGGCCACCCUCUGAUGUAGUCACCCAGUCCCCGGCUCUGCAGCGCUCUCCAGGAUCACACACCCAGAAUUAGAAGAGCUGGUUACAGUCUUCUUUUGAAAUUGAGUGACAAUGAGAGAGAGCGAGAGAGAGAAUGGAAGAGAUAGACUAAUGUACCUAUCCAAAUAACCAUUUUUAAGUGUACGUGUGUUAUAGAAUGGAUGCCUAGACUAAGAUUUUUUCCCAUGUAAAGAACAUAGAGUAGAGCACAUGAAAAUCAUUACUAGUCUAAAGCAUAAUUUUACAAAGCUGGUCCUUUGUGUUAAAAGAAAAUCUGCUUCCAUAUUAUACUUACAGAAAAGUCUAUUGAUGGGAACGAUGGCAGUGAAAAUGUUGUAAAUGCCCUAAGAUUCCCAAACUUAAAAUAAAAACAGAUUAUCCUGCC